AUGCCAGAGAUAACCAUCAACGUCAAGUGCUCUAAUGACCAGAAAUAUAGCGUAACGAUCGAUACAUCCAAAACAGUUUUAGAAUUUAAGCAAGCUAUUGCUGAAGAAAGUGAAACUCCUGCGGAUAGACAGAGAUUGAUAUACUCAGGCAGAGUUCUGAAAGACAAUGACACUCUCGAAACUUACAAGAUCGCAGAAGGCCAUACUGUCCAUAUGGUGAGAGGCUCAGCUCCCAGCUCGUCACAAACACAGCCGACUCCACAAUCUGCAACAACCAGUAACACACCGACCCCACAACAAAAUACUUCGUCAACUGGAUAUUUACCAUUUGGACAAUUUGGUAUGGGUGGAGGAAUUAAUCCAAGUACAAAUCCCUAUGGCGUUCCGCUUAAUACUACUGGUGCGUCGAACGUAAAUCCAUUGGACAUUCUCCAAAACCCUGCGAUAAUGCAAUAUAUGCAACAAAUGCUUCAAGAUCCUCAAUUCGUUGAAAGUAUGAUUCACAUGAAUCCACAGUUCGCACAAAUGGCGCCUCAGAUUAGACAAAUGAUGCAAGAUCCAGAGUUUCAAGCGAUGAUAUCAAAUCCUGAAACUUUCAGAAAUUUGACUGCUUUACACCCACUCAUGGGAAAUCUUGGCCCAUUUACUGGUGGAGCAAUACCUGGAAAUACUACUGAUACUAGAAGUGACACUACAACAACUGGAUCUACACCUACAUCUAAUAACAACACCACCACACCUAAUACCACCACACCAAUUACGCCUAUUAACAAUCCAUUCCUUCCAUUUUUUAAUCCUGCAGCGGCAAAUACUGGAACCAAUCCUUCACAGGCUCCUAUUCUGUUCGAUCCUUUAUUGUGGGGAGCACUUGGUGGAGUACCACCUACUACUACUCCAGCUACUACACCUGUCUCAACUACUCCACAAGUGCCCCCAGAAGAAAGAUUCCAAUCUCAACUUCAACAAUUGAAUGACAUGGGAUUUGUAGAUGCACAAAAAAAUAUUCGAGCAUUACAAAUUUGCCAAGGGAAUGUGAAUUUUGCUAUUGAAAGACUUUUAGAUCCUUCAUUUAAUUAA